AGCCAGCAGAAAUGGGUGGACUGACGGGGCUAGACCUUGGGCUGUUUCCUCCCAACAUCGGGGCAGAAAAUAAGUGAUCCACUGUCAGUUGUAUUCAAUUAAACCAAGUGCUCAAAACCUCUGUCAAGAUGUUUUGGUCAGACUUUUCAAGAAACUAUGGGGAAAACGGACAGAGCGACGCGGAUGAACCGCGAGCCAGUUCGUCAGCUUCGUUGAGUACUUACGGUAGUGCCCAUUCAGAUGUGUUGGUUCGUGAUGCUGCUGAGUUUGCCACCAAAGCUACACAGUGCGAUCGUGCAGGGCAGUAUCAAACUGCCAUAUUCUACUACGCUGAAGCCAUCCAAGCCAUGUACAAUGCAUCCCUUGCUGUUCCAAAUCUCAACCUCGCAGAGCGAUAUUCAGAGUACACCAAGCGUGUCAAGGAACUUCAUCAGAUUGUCACUCAGAACUCCAGACAAGUGGCAACCCCAGUGAAGUCUGAUGAUCAGAUAGCUGCAGAGAGAGCCAACUUUUUGUUAAGACAAGCAUUUGAGGAAGAUGAACAGGGUAACCAAGAGGAUGCCACAGAGCUGUACCUGAAUGCUGCUGAGAUGUGCAUAGAAGCUGGAAGAUCUUGCUCAUCUGCUGAUCAGAGAACAAAGCUUAAUAGACUAGCCAAGCAAGCACUGGACAGGGCUGAGCAACUGAAAAAGAAGAAUGAGCCAGUGCUACAUCUUCCAGAACCUCCAUCCACCUUGCCUGACCUCCCUUCCCUCUCACCACAACCCUCACCCCAUCCAUCACCCCGUGCCUCACCCAAGCCAGCCAAGAGGAAUACCCACAGUGGAAGUGGGUCAGCUGCAGGCAGCAACAAUGCAGGGUCUAACAGUGGUAGAUUACCUGCCUUGGGAGGGGAUGGUGGACCAAGCAAGGCAGGAAAAGGAGGGGUUGGAGGAGGGUCAUAUACACCAGAAGAGAUUGCUGUACUGAGGACAACCUCAUUUAUCAAUGGCCGUGAGUUCCUUCCGUACAUAUCGCAAGCUGACUUGAAAGAAAAGUUUGCAUAUUCUAUUCCUUUCACAGAUAAAUGUGGUCAGCUUGCCUUGGCAACUAAGCAGAAAUCCAGACUUGCAAAUUUUCGACGGCCUUCAGAAUUCUGUUCAGACCCACAGAUGAUCUUUGCCAUUUCAGCCUUCAGCAUAAAACAGACUAUCGUCCAGGAUUGUUCCUUCCUGGCAUCACUGGCUAUCUCAGCAAACUACGAGAGACGUUUCAAGAAAAGUGUCAUAACCAAAAUUAUUUAUCCUCAAGACAAGCAGGGCAAACCGAUCUACAAUCCUUGUGGAAAAUACAUGGUGAUCCUUCGUCUGAAUGGAGUCAAAAGAAAGGUAAUUAUUGAUGACUACCUGCCCAUGGAUAAGCAUGGAGACCUGCUUUGCUCAUUCUCCAACAACCGCAAUGAAUUGUGGGUGUCUCUGCUAGAGAAGGCCUAUAUGAAGGUUAUGGGAGGCUAUGAUUUCCCAGGAUCUAACUCGAACAUUGACUUGCAUGCCUUAACUGGCUGGAUCCCAGAACGACAGGCCAUCAAACCAGACUCUAAGGAAUUUGACAAAGACAAAGUCUUUGCUAAACUCAAAGACCGCUUCCAUAAAGGUGAUGUCCUGGCUACCUUGGCAACGGGUGUGAUGUCAGAUGCGGAAGGGGACCGGGCAGGACUGGUGCCUACACAUGCAUAUGCUAUGCUGGAUAUACGUGAGAUAAUGGGCAAGAAGUUAUUACAGCUCAAGAACCCUUGGAGUCAUUUGCGAUGGAAAGGCAGAUACUCGGAGACAGAUGAGACAAACUGGACUCCAGAGCUUCAGAAAGCACUCAACUUUGACCCUAAGAAUGCUCAGCAAUUUGACAAUGGUGUGUUUUGGAUUGACUUGGAUUCCUUGUGUCACUUCUUUGAUGUGAUCUACAUGAAUUGGAACCCUAAACUUUUCCCUUACACAUAUGUCAUUCACAGUGAAUGGAAGGCAGGGGAAGGUCCAAAGAAAGACAACUUCAAUUUGUCAAACAACCCCCAGUACAAACUAGACCUCAGAGGAACUGGGGCUGUGUGGGUGCUGCUGACCAGGCAUAUCACAGACAAGGAUGACUUUGCAGACAACAAGGAAUUUAUCACCUUGCUUGUCUAUAAGGGAGGCAAGAAAGUGUACUACCCCAAUGACCCUCCUCCAUUCAUUGAUGGGACAAGGAUCAACAGUCCUCAUUAUCUAUGCAAGAUGCUGAUCCAAGAGAGAAGCUUAUUUACAGUUGUAGUUUCUCAAUUUGAAAAGAGCAACACCAUUCGCUAUUCACUUAGGGUCUACAGUACAUGCGAGUUUAAGCUGAGCAAGAUGCCAGAACCCUACACAAAUACCAAACAGAUAACUGGAGAGUGGAAGGGUAAGACAGCUGGAGGGUGUGCCAACAACCGAGCAACAUUUACCAAUAACCCCAUCUACCAGGUUACCUUACAAGAAAAGACAAAAGGGAACUUCUUCAUGAUUGACCUCAAGGGACCAAGAGAGUUUCAUGUUGGGUUUGAGCUUGUUGCGAUUGCAGCAGAGGGUCCUGGUACAGCAGCAUUCAGCAAACAGAUGACUGGAGAUUACAGGCGGGGUUUCACUGUGCUUCAACUAGAGGAUUUACCAGGAGGAACAUAUAAUGUCCGACCAACAACAUUCAGUCCAGGGCAGGAAGGGCCAUUCUUCUUGACUCUGUCUGCAUCAUGCCCAAUGAAAGUGGCUCAACUUCAAUGAUGAUUGCAGAAGAGUCAGGCAAGACAAGAAACAGGGAUGAAAUGACAAUCUGUGCUGUAGGACAUUUCUCCAUCAGUGGACACUGGACAACAGCAGAGCUCCUUUUUGUGCUUGUACAACUGGAAAUUUGUUGCCUUUCCUAGAGCAUGCCAUUUUAGUUGUGCAAUUUAAGUUUGCAUGUGACAUGAGUGUCAAGGAAGAUGUUAAGAUUGCAGAUCAUACACAAGAGAGAAAUAUCCCCAAUUAAAAAAAUCAGGGGGAACAGUACAA